AUGGCUGAAGAAGAUAAACUUUCUUUUGAUGGGACACAAGAAUUUAGAAAUGCUCCAUUACCAUCAUCUGGUAUUGAAGUGUUGAGACAAGUGGAAGAUAUGAAUGGUAGCAAAGAUGGACCUUGGAAAAAGAAGAGCAUUUUUUUCACAUUGCCUUAUUGGAAACAUCUUCUAUUGCGUUAUAAUCUUGAUGUCAUGCACAUAGAAAAAAAUGUAUGUGAUAACAUCUUUGGCACAUUGAUUGGACAAGAUGGGAAAUCAAAGGACACUUAUAAGUCCAGACUUGAUCUUGUUGAAAUGGGUAUCAGGAGCAUUCUUCAUCCCAAAACUCAUCCUGACACUAAUAUUCAAUAUUUACCACAAGCUUCAUAUCAGAUGAGUUUGGAAGAAAAAAAUAAUUUUUUGAAGAUUCUCAAGGAAAUGAGAACUCCAGAUGAAUAUUCUUCUAAUAUCUCACGUUGUGUGCAACUUAAACAACGGAAGCUCAUAGGACUGAAAAGCUAUGAUUGUCAUUUAUUAAUGCAAGAAUUUCUUCCCAUAGCAAUACGAUGUUCUUUACCUGAAAAAGUGUGCUCAGUUCUAAUUGACUUGUCCAAUUUUUUUAAAGACCUUUGCUCUAAGGUUCUUCAAGAAAGUGUCUUUGAUUUGCUUGAGUAUCGAGCUGCUUCAACAUUAUGUGAAAUGGAAAAAAAUUUUCCUCCGUCUUUUUUUACCAUAAUGGUACAUUUGGUGAUUCAUUUAGCAAAUGAAGCAAGACUUGCUGGUCCAGUCAUAUAUCGGUGGAUGUAUCCUGUUGAGAGGUUUCUUCUUACGCUUAAGACGUAUGUGCGUAAUAGAGCUAGUCCAGAGGGUUCAAUUGCAGAAGGCUAUUUAGCUAAUGAAUGUUUAACUUUUGCUUCACGAUAUUUAGUGGGGACUAAAACUAGCUUCAAUCAAUCAACUAGAAAUGAAGAAGAUCAAAAUGUUGCCAAUGAUGAGGAAGUAUCUAUUUUUGCAAAUGUUGGAAGACCAUUGGGAAGGAAAAAAAAUAAAGGCUUUAGUAGUAACAAGCGUAAGAGGGUCUCACGUAUUACACUUGACAACCAAACUUUGGUGCAAGCACAUCGUUAUGUGUUGUUCAAUUUUGAUAGAGUUGCUCCAUUUUUAAAGAAGCAUGAGCAAUUUAUUAAGAGGCGUAAUCGCUCCCCACGUCUUUCGCCUUAUGAGAUACAAAAGUUACAAAGUGAAACAUUUCAUGAUUGGUUUCAUGAUUAUGUUUCACAAUUGGAGCAACAAGGAAAUGCAAACAUCACCGAUGAACUUAGACUACUUGCUCGUGGUCCAAUGGAUACAACAAGGAGAUACACUGGAUACAUUGUUAAUGGUUUUAGAUUUCACACCAAAGCUCGUGAAAGAUGGUUGAAAACUCAAAAUAGUGGGGUUGUUGUAACAUCUAAGAUGAUGAGUUAUGCAAGUUCAGGGAUGCACACUAUUGAAGGAGAUUAA